UACUUAUUUUGCAUUUGGGGGUUGGAUGGGUUGUGUCUGGUGGCUGUGAAAAUUGCAUUAACUUGGGGUUGAUUGGAAUUAGUUUAAUUUUGUUAAGCCUGGAGUUCAAGAAUUCAAGAAUGCCUCUGAGGAAGCCCACUCAUCAAAUUCCUGCUAGCAAAAAGUGCAAGGGCAUGGUUCUAGUAGAGGCCUCCCAACAGCCCCAACAAGAAGGCCAUGAGGAGGAGGUAGAGACCACUAUUCCUCCGGGGAUCCUGGAACUGUUGAAGAGAAACAGAUUUCUGAAUGAGGUAAUUGUAGAAGAAUUUUAUGCAAAUGCAAGGCCACUUAGGAGAGAUCCUGACAAAGGGGAAGUCAUAAAGAAGUCUUGGGUUAGGGGUCAAUGGGUCCUGUAUGAUCGGAAUGCCUUCAACAAAUUGUUGGGGGAACCCAUGGUACUCCAUGAAGGCCAAUGUUGCUCUUAUCAAUUCAUAAAAAAACAGCAGGAAUGGGUUUCCCUGCGGGAGCUGAACUAUUGUGUUUAUCUGGUCAAUCUUAUAAGUCUAACAAGCCGGGUUUUGCAUGAUGUGAGGGGAAAAAUGACAAAAAUUGCCAGUGUUUGGAUGUUUUAUUGGACAAUGUCUCUCGUAUUGUAGACCCAUGUCUCGGACAUCUGAAUGUCAUGGGCUCAUCUUUGUUCUAUUUUGCACCCAUCCACAAUUGACACUUCAGGGUCUAUUAAUGCUACAUUUAUCAAUAGAUUUUGCAAUAAUGAGAUAACAAAGGCUCCUAUGGCUUCUGUCCACAUCAUCCUCCUAUGUAGCUAGUUCUUACAUGGAGCAGUGUUUGUCUACUCAAAUAUGGGAGAAUUUUGGUAGAGGUCUUGAAAGCCUCAAUGACUCUUUUUACAUUGUACCAGCAUCAACAUGAUCCAAAUGCCUUUCCAUGGCCUACUCCGGAGCAAUUUACUUCCCUUUGUUCUUGGCAUUCCAUAGCCUACUCCUGUAGAUGAAGAUGAAGAAUGAAGACUAAGAAGAGGAAAGUGAUUCGGCAGAGCGAUAUGAGGAUGAAGGACAUUGAGAAAGAUGACAUCAUUAUUUACAGUUUUCUUGCAUUUUUAAUUUCAGUUUCAGCACUUUAAAUUCAGUACUGAGUUAGUUAUGUUUAUAUGGUGUUGUUUUGGAUUAUUAUACUUGGUACUCUGGUAUGUUGCACUCUAGGUUGCAGCGAUAUAAUUUAUCAUGAUCUGUUUUGGUGCUCUAAGGUAGUUUCAAAUUUUGAGGGUACUGCAAUACAUAUUUGUGAUGCAUUUUUGAUGA